AAGGUUAGUAAUUAAGUCAAAGUGUACGAAACAGUGAGUACUUCAAACCUUUACGAAAAGAAAAUGAAUCCAGCUGAUGAUGUAACAUUAUCUUUCCCUGAUUUUGAUAUCCUCGAAUCUAUAAAGCAACAUCUUCUAAAUGAUACCGAUUUUUCUGAAAUUUUUUCGAGCAACGUUGAAUUGCCUGAUAGUCUUACCUCAAGUUCCUCGUCAGCAGAAAAUAGCGUCCACAGGGAGAAAAACUUCGAGGAAACAACACCAACUCAGGAUCCUUCACAUGAAAAGUUCGAGGGUGAGGAGGAAACAAAGCUGACUAGUGCAGUGGCGCGUGAGGAUUGGAGGCGAUACAUAGGAGUGAGACGGAGGCAAUGGGGGACGUUUGCAGCAGAGAUAAGAGACCCGAAAAAGAGAGGCGCGAGGCUGUGGUUAGGAACAUAUGAGACUCCUGAGGAUGCAGCAUUGGCUUAUGAUGAAGCCGCUUUCAAAAUGCGGGGAUCAAAAGCUCGGCUUAAUUUUCCUCACUUAAUUGGCUCAAAUAUACCUAAGCCGGCUAGAGUUAAAGGGAGUCGUCAUUCACACUCUUCCGAAUCAUCAUCAUCUUCUUCUUCUUCUUAUUCUUCUUCUUCAUCCACGUCAUCGGAAAAUGGGACAAGGAAAAGAAAGAUAGAUAUCAUAAAUUCCAUAGCCACAGCCAAAUUGGUUUGUCACAGCUUGAAUUUUCAAAUGUUGGUAUGAAUGUGGAUGUUUUCUUCGUGUUAACAUUAGAAUAGUCUCCAAAAAAAAAAAAGAAGAAGAAGAAGCCGGACAACUGAACUUAUUGUAAUUUCUCCAUUCUCUUUUGUUGCCAUUCUUCUGAUGAAAUUACUUAGACAGAUAAAUCGUCUUUCUGUUCUAGCACAAU